AUGACGUCGGCAGAUGAGGCCGAAGAGCUGGAGAAGGCUGUCCGGCACUACGCCGCUGACAAAACAUGGAGCUGGACCCGUCAGACCAUGAACUACGUGGGCCAGUUGGCGGGUCAGGUCUUCGUGCAGGUGAAAGAACUGUACCGAGGCCUGAACCCGGCCACCUUGUCGGGCUGCAUCGACGUGAUCGCGGUCCGACGCCCCGACGGCUCCCUGCGCUGCUCGCCUUUUCACGUCCGCUUCGGCAAGUCGGGCGUCCUGAGCUCGCGAGAGAAAGUGGUGGACAUGGAGAUCAACGGAGAGCCGGUGGAUCUGCACAUGAAGCUCGGAGAUAACGGGGAGGCCUUCUUUGUCCGAGAAAUGGAAAACAAUCGGGAAGCGCUUCCCUCCCACCUGGCCACCUCCCCCAUCCCGUGGGACGGGUUCCUUCUCUCCGGGCCGCCCGCGCAGAACCCGGGCUCGGCCGGCACCGCCGCCAAUAAGAAGAGACGGAAGAGGAGGAGGAGGAAAGCCCGGCCCGACGACGGCUACUCGGAGGUCUUCGCCAUCGACAUCACUUCUGACGAGGAGUUGGAGAGCGAGAGCGAGCCCGCUCUUUUGAGGGAAGCCGCUGCGGUCAAGCCAUCGGCCGUCUACGCUCGCUCUGACGGCGACUGGAGUCCCCUUCACAGCGACUCGGAGCUGGCGACCGAGACGUCCCGAGAUUCGGCCGUGCGCUGGGCGUGGGGGGAGCUGCCGCAGCCUGCUGCUCCAUCCUUCCUCUCCGCAAAUCCCGAGUCGCCGCCCCCGCCUGUCAUGUUCGGAGCCGCCCCCUGCGAAGCGUCGUCACCGGGUCGCUGGCGGUCGGAGCCUGUCACUGCCGCAACGGAGACAGACACUUCUGAGACGGGGUCGUCGGCCGGAAAGACCGACCCUCGGUCCGAGAAAAAAGACAAAAGGAGCCGUCACCUGGGCGCCGAUGGCGUUUACUUGGACGACCUGACGGAGCUGGAGCCCGAAGUGGCCGCCUUGUAUUUCCCAAAAAGCGGCGGCGAAGCGACAGGGAGGAGCCCGUCCCCUCGGUCGCUAAGCUCCGGCGGGGACAGCGGCGCGGACGGCCCGACGGGAGACCUGCCGGCCGUCGCCAUCUCGUUGUGUGGCGGCCUCGACGACGACAAGGAGAUUGGCCAAGAGCGCUUCCGCGCCGAGAUGGUCUCGUACCAGCGGUUCGCCCGCGACCCGGCGGUCAUCGACGAUCCCGACCUGGUGGUCAAGAUCGGCUCCAAAUACUAUAAUUGGAGCACGGCCGCGCCCAUCGUGCUGGCCAUGCAGGCCUUCCGCAAACCUCUGCCAAAGGCCGCCGUGGAGGACAUCGUGAAGGAGAAGAUGCCCAAGAAGGGAAGGAGGUGGUGGUUCUCGUGGCGAGGCCAAAACGGCAAAUCAGUAAGUCGGCGUUCAGACUCGCGGAUGGACGGGUACCUCGCGAUGCAAUACGAUACAAGGAUUUUCAAUUCUCACAAUCAGGAUUCACUGUCGGAACGCGGGCUCCGCGGCUCUGCCCGACGGACAGAAGAGUCAUCGUCCGCCGACGAAGAUGGCGAGGCGGGCCGACGCGGCGCGCGAUAUAAAAAGACGCUCCGUUUGGAUUCGGAGCAGCUGAGGUCGCUGCGGCUGCGCGAAGGUCCCAACCGGGUGGUCUUCAGCGUGACUACGCAGUACCAAGGGACGCGCCGUUGUCAGGGAACCAUCUACCUCUGGAACUGGGACGACAAGAUGGUGAUCUCGGACCUCGACGGGACCGUCGCCAGAUCGGACACGCAGGGCCACAUCCUGCCCACCUUGGGCAAAGACUGGACCCACCGGGGCAUCGCGCAGCUCUACCACAAAGUCAGCCAGAACGGCUACAAGAUCUUGUACUGCUCGGCCCGCGUCGUCGGUACGGCGGACGGCUACCUGCGCCGGGUCGACGAGAGGGGCGCCGUGUUGCCCGCGGGGCCCGUCUUGCUCUGCCCUGGCGGCCUCUUUUCCGCUCCGCGGAGGGAAGUGUUUGAAAAGAAGCCUGAAAAGUUCAAGGUGGAAUGUCUGAGCGACAUCAGGAACCUUUUCUACCCCAACACGCAGCCUUUCUACGCAGCUUUCGGGAGCAGGCCCACGGACGCCUUUUCCUACAAGGAAGUCGGGGUGCCUCUUAACAGGAUUUUCACCGUCAACCCCCAAGGGGAGCUGGUGCGGGAGAACGCCGAGACCGACGUCUCACCGUACGUCCGUUCCGUGGAGGAGGCGGACCACGUCUUCCCCUCGCCCUCGGACUUCCCCUGCGCGGCAACGGACGCCUACGGCCACUUUGCCGACUGGAGGCGACAGCUCUCCCUGCCGGACCGUGCGGCGGCUCACGCCUCGUAG